AUGAACUUAUCAUCUGGAGAAAAUACUACCGUCCAGAUGUCUAUAGGGCCUACUUCAAUGCUUGACAUUUUCUCUCCAGUUUCCAAAUCCCAUAAUUUUAAGCUGGAAUCUAAUGAGCUUGACGCGCAUUCUAAAAGCACCCGUAUAUUUAGAUCUGGUAGAAAAGUGUAUCACAAAACUGUGGUCCAAAAACGAUCUUUUCUAUCAGAAGCAUAUCAGUGCCAGGAGGUAUGGAAAUCUCGUCUCCAAUCUCCACUGCUGCAAAAAUUUAAACCAGAGGAUUUAUUUAUAACAUUGGACAGUCAAUUUCUUGCUCAUGGGAAAGUGAGCCCAGUGGACGUAGACAUAUUUGCCAAUACUGUAAAAAGCAAGGAACAGAUAGAGGAAUUAUUGAAUAUACUCGAGAGAUUCAGAAAAAGUGCAGAGACAACAAAUACUCUAGAUUCAACACAUCAUGCUGUUAUAAGAUAUCUAUUUGACAAUGGCUGUACUCAAGAACUUAUGAAUGUCUUGCAUAACAGACUUAAAUACGGCAUUUUCCCCGAUUAUGUGUGUUACAACAUGCUGAUGAAUGAAUAUAUGAAGAAAGAAGAUUACGCCAAUGCUGCAAAAAUUGCUGUUUUGCCUAUGUUGCAAGAGGAUACCGAUCAUUUGAUAACUAAUGCGUUGUCUGUAUAUGCUUGUCAUAAAUAUUUAGAAAAUCCAGAUGCCUGGCAAAAGCCGCCAGAACCGGUAGAAGAUAAAGAAGAAAUAAAAAUACGUGUACGUUAUCUUAGAAAUCCAUUCUUUGACGAUCAUUUUGAUCUCAUCGAACCACUUGAUUUAGUUGGGAAAACAUUGGCUUUUCAAGGAAGAUUUAUGAACAAUGCAUUAGGUAGAACCUGUCAGUUGAGAGGUUUAAUAUUAUAUAAAAAAUAUCAAGAUGCAUCAAAUUCAAUAAAACAGUGGUUAAAUGAAGUUGAAGGAGAUGUUAUUUACAGUGAAGUUUUUGACUUAAUCGAAAAAGAUAAAGAGAAAGUAUUUAAAGAAGAAACAGCAGCAAAUGAGUUUGAACGAUUAAUGUCAGAAGUCAAUGUGUUAAAAGGAAAGACUUUGUGUAAAGAUAGUUUAAUUGAAGCAUUAAAAAAUUGUAUUAAAUCUGCAGUUGAAAAGCAACACGAUAUAGAUGUAAACGAACAAUUGCAGAAAUAUAUUGAAUGGGAAGAGAAGAGAAAAUUAAUAUUAGAUAAGCAAAUAGAACUAAUAGAUCAAAAAGCUAAAAAAUUAGAAAUACAAAAAUUAAAGGAAGAAAUGAACAGACAAGAACGAUAUUUAACUUUCUUUGAGAACGAAGAACAAAUAGAACUAGAGAUAGAGAAAAUAGAAACAAAGGAAAAAGAAGAAAUGGAUAAAGUUCUUAAAAUUUAUGGUGCUGAAGCAAAAUUGAAGAAAUUAAAAGGAGAAACAGAAUAUGUACCACCUAUGAUUUAA